AUGCAUCUCUCACUCUCCCACCACCUUUUCUCUAUCUCCACCCCUUCCAACCACAAAUCCACCACCAAAACUCCCAUUUCCUGCAACAUUCUACUCGAUCCAUCUAAGAAAACACUUCCAACGCCGCCGCCGCUCCUCCCACCACCUGCAUUCUCACCGGAAUCCGUUCCGCCGCCGCUGCUGAGCCCAGUUCAGAAACUAGCGGCGGCGGCCCUCGACGCAGUAGAGAACUCAAUCUUAAUCAAAUUAGAAAAGAACCGGAAACUGAACCCGAUGAUUGACCCGGCGGUUCAACUCGAAGGAAACUACGCACCGGUCCAAGAGCUCCCGGUUCAGCACGGCUUGGAAGUCGUCGGCACAAUCCCUAGCAGCGUCCAAGGCGUCUACCUCAGAAACGGCGGCAACACGCUGUUCCCGCCAACCGCCGGCCACCACUUCUUCGACGGUGACGGCAUGAUCCACGCCGUCACCCUAGCCGGCGGAAAAACCGCCAGCUACGCGUGCCGGUUCACCAAAACGAACCGGCUGCUCGCGGAAGCCAGUUUGGGAAAACCGUUCUUUCCCAAACCUAUCGGCGAGCUGCAGGGCCGGCUCGGGGUGGCCCGGCUCGCUCUUUUCUACACCCGGGCCGCAGUCGGUCUGGCCGACCUGGCCCAGGGCGUGGGCAUGGCCAACGUGGCGUUGACCUACUUCAACGGCCGGCUCCUCGCCCUGUCGGAGGACGACCUCCCCUACGUCGUCCGGAUCAGACCGGACGGCGAUCUCGAGACGAUCGGGCGGUACGAUUUCGACGGGCAGUUGGGAAAUUCCAUGAUUGCCCAUCCCAAGGUGGAUCCCGCCACAGGGAAUCUUUACUCAUUGAGCUACAACGUGCUCUCAAAACCGCACCUCAAAUUUUUCAAAUUCGACACGUGUGGCAAUAUGUCACGUGAGGUGGAGAUUUCCCUCCAACAGCCGACCAUGAUCCAUGACUUUGCGAUGACGCAAAGUCACGUGAUCAUCCCGGAUCAUCAAAUGGUUUUCAAACUAUCCGAGAUGAUCCGGGGUGGCUCGCCGGUAGUCUACGACACGAAUAAAGUUUCCCGAUUUGGGGUCAUGUCCAAAAAUGCCACCCACGAAUCCAUGAUCCAAUGGAUCGACGUACCUGAUUGCUUCUGUUUCCAUAUGUGGAAUGCUUGGGAGGAGGUCGACGAUCGUGGCCACGAGAUCGUUGUUGUUAUAAAUUCUUGCCUGACGCCGGUGGAUUCGUUAUAUUUUUCAGGCGGGGAUGAGCCGUUGAGGGCCGAAUUAUCCGAGAUCCGGUUAAAUUUGGAUACGGGUAGGUCGACCCGAAAGGUUAUUGUUUCUGGUAUAAAUUUGGAGGGCGGGCAAGUUGAUAAGCGACAGUUGGGUAAGAGAACUCGAUACGUAUACUUGGCUAUCGCUGAGCCGUGGCCGAAAUGUAGCGGCAUUGCUAAGGUCGAUUUGAGCACGGGGAACGUGGUCGAGUAUUUAUACGGGGGUCGAAAAUUUGGGGGCGAAGUUUGUUUCGUGCCCAAAAACGCGGAAGAGGACGAGGACGAGGACGAGGAAGAAGGGUUUUUAAUGAGUUUUGUGAGAGAUGAGGAGAGGGAAACAUCGGAGUUUGUGAUUUUGAAAGGUUCGAAUAUGAAGCAAGUUGCUUCAAUCAAGAUUCCGUCGCGAGUGCCGUAUGGGUUUCAUGGCACAUUUGUUAGUGCUCAAGAGCUAGCUAAGCAAUCGUUGUUUUAGUAAUGUAGUCUCAAUUAGUACUGCAUAAUUUAAUUAAUGAAUAUUGCAUGAUAUAA